UAAAUUUGGGGAUGAGUAUGUUAAUGAUUUGUUUGUCGUGAGUUCAGCAAUAUAUAUGUAUGCUGAGCUCGGUUGCCUUGCUGAUGCUAGGAGGAUUUUUGACCAUUGCUUGGAGAGGAAUAUAGAGAUUUGGAACUCUCUCAUUGGUGGAUGUGUUCAGAAUAAUUGUGCCAUUGAAGCACUUCAUCUUUUUCUCGAAGCACUAGAGGCACAAGAUGAUGUUGGAGUUGAUGAUGUGACUUUUCUUUCAGCGUUAACUGCAACAUCACAAUUGCAGAGUCUAGGUUUUGCUCAGCAGCUACACGCAUCCUUGAUUAAGAAUUCAUUGGUAUCACAUGCUAUCCUUCAAAAUGCCAUUGUGUCCACGUAUUCGAAGUGCAAUAGCAUUAGUGAAUCAUUUCGAGUUUUUAAUGGAAUGCAAGAAAGAGAUAUUGUUUCUUGGAAUACAAUGGUUUCUGCACUAGUACAGAAUGGAAUGGAUGUUGAGGGAUUGAUGCUUGUGCACGAGAUGCAAUCUCAAAAAUUUAUGAUUGAUGGUGUAACUAUCGCUGCUGUACUUUCUGCAGCAUCAAAUUUAAGAAAUCUGGAUAUUGGAAAACAGACCCAUGCUUACUUGAUCAGGCAGAGAAUUCAAUUUGAAGGGAUGAAUACUUAUCUAAUAGAUAUGUAUGCUAAAUCUGGUAUGAUGAAAGCUGCACAAGCAGUGUUCAAUAUGAACUGCUCAAAGGAUAGAGACCCAGCCAUGUGGAAUGCUAUGAUUUCAGCAAAUACCCAUAAUGGGUUAAUUGAGAAAUCUUUUGCUGUCCUUAGGCAGAUGCUUGAGCUGGAUCUCACUCCAACUGCUGUCACAUUGGCAUCAAUUCUCCCUGCAUGCAGUCAGUCGGGAAGUUUAGCUCUGGGUAAGGCAAUUCAUGGUUUUGCUAUUCGCAACUUUCUGGAUGAUAAUGUCUUUGUGGGCUCUGCCCUGGUGGACAUGUACUCAAAAUCAGGUGCAAUCCACUAUGCAGAAAGUGUUUUUGAAAAGUCACCCAAUAAAAAUUCUAUUACUUAUACUAACAUGAUAGUGGGUUAUGGCCAACAUGGGAUGGGUGACAAAGCUAUCUUGCUUUUUAAUGCCUGGAGGGGAAGUGGAUUCCAACCUGACGGAGUUCCCUUCCUAGCAGCCUUGUCUGCAUGCAGUUAUUCAGGAUUGAUUACUGAAGGUCUUCAAAUUUUUGAGUCAAUGAGAGAUCAUGAGGUGCAGCCCUCUCUGGAGCACUAUGCUUGUGUGGUGGACAUGUUAGGACGAGUUGGUAGAGUGGUUGAAGCAUACAUGUUUGCUGAUGAAAUAGAUGAGGAGUGUAAUGUUCUGGGAAUCUGGGGUUCACUUCUUGCUGCUUGUCGAAUACAUAAAAAUUUUGAAUUGGGAAAAGUUGUUGCUGACAAGUUGCUUGCCUUGGCCGGAGGAGAUAAGACGACAGGUUACCAUGUGCUACUUUCAAAUAUUUAUGCAGCCGAAGGAAACUGGGAAUAUGUAAAUAGGGUGAGAAGAGGAAUGAGGGAAAAAGGUCUGACAAAAGAGGUAGGGUGCAGUUGGAUUAACAUUUCUGGUGUAGCACACUGUUUUGCAUCUAAAGAUGAAGCCCAUCCUGUCUGCUGUGAGAUAUAUGAAAUGUUGGGGUAUUUGAGCACCAAUAUGAAGGAUGCUGGUUAUAGUGCUUCUUUGAGAUGGCAAGAAGUUUGGAUCUCAGAAUUUGGGGAGUGAAUAUUUAUACUGUAUUCAAUGCAACAGGAUCCCAUAAUUGGAAGAAAAUUCAUGUGAUUAUGCAGUCACCUGUUUGGGUUGGGCAGCAUAAGGUAUUGCCAAAUAAGGUUUUUCAGAAUUUGUGGUUUUCUCUGCAGAAAGGUAUGCUGAUACUUUUUUGACAUUUAUUAACAUCAAUCAGAUAGACAAAGAGACUCGGAACGUAUUGGCUACAUUUUAGUCGUCCUCCAUUUGCACGUGAUUCUCACGUGUUUGUUGGUUAACAAUUAACAAUUGGACGAAAGAGUUCUGAGGGCGAUUUUUUAAUGCGGGGCUCGAUGGACAUUGGCAGCUUACCCACUUUGCCAGGCAACUUCGCACGUUUCUACCCACUCCCUCAGUGCUUUUCCUUUCUUCAUUUUUUCAUUCAUCUCCCUCUCCUCUUCAUCCUUCUUCUUCCUCUUUUAUUUUGUUUUCUUAAUUUUUUUGGUCAAAAUUGCCUUCUUUCGUUUACCCUUUCUGCUGUAUGUAGAAGUAUGUGAUAAACGAGGACAAAGCUGAGAUUCUUCUAAGCUUUUAGGUGGUAUUCUUCUCUCUCCUCCAAACCCCAAAGUUCCGCCAUCUGUUUCUUGCUUGGUAUCAGGAACAAUGGUUCAAUGUAUAUCAAAAGUAGACCUUGUUCUACCCGCUCCCUCUCUUUGGCUUGUCUCUUGGAUAUCUCCUUCGUUGUCGACCACGUGUUCUUGAUUUCCCAAGGGAAGAGAGUCAAAUACAAAUUUCUAGAUCUCCUGCCAAUCAAAUGUGCAAAUGGUCCCUUCCUGAAUAGAAGUGCCAAAUUAUUGAACAACUUGAGCAAAGGAUUGUAAUGAUGGAAACUUCAUUAAGCAGGUUUGGAAUGAUCUUGGAUUCUGUUCAGAGUGACAUCAACCAAGUCGAUAAAGAAACAAAAGAAUUAGUGUUUGAGGAUAAGUAUUCAAUUCUACUACUACCCUUUUGUUUUUCUGUAUUUUGUGCGGACCAGAUCCAUCGAGCUUUGCAUGUCCGUUAACUUUCAUUUUUUAUGACUUUUAUUACCUGUUGAUGACUAUAAACAUUCAGAAGCCCAAACUUCUUCACUCUUCAGGCACUUAAUUCAAUCAAUUACCGGAAAAAAAGGAACACUACAGAAUUUUCUUGAAGGUAGUAAAGAGUUCAGAGCUUCAUAGUCACACUGUAUCAGAUGAAUUUCAAGUCUUGGGCUCUUUAAUUUGCUCAAGGACAGUUUGCCUAACGCAGAUUUUUUUCCCCUGCAGUUGGGUCCUUUUUUUACCAUAGAAGUUUUGUCUCCUAUUUCACCAACUAGCUACUACCAUUGGAAGUCCUCCUGUGAUCGCUGUGCACUGAACUUGUAGGAUAUUCAUGGUUUCUGAAUACUCUUUAUGUGAUAUCCAUGAUGCUGUUGUACGAGGAUGUGCAUUUAUACUACGUUGGGACAUCGUCUGCCAUGCAAAUGAAUGUUCUUUUGUGAGCCAUCCUUUACCAUCCAACAGGAAGAGUUUACAAGUAAUAGAUAGCUAAUGAUUUACGAGUAGCAGAAAUUUGAAGUAAACAUGAUGAAUGCUUGAUGGUCGUUUGUGUGGAACUAAAUGCAUUAUCACUCUCAGUUUUUGUUGAAAAAAAAAUUUAUUUUAUUUUUUUGUAUAAAUGGAUCAA